AUGCCGCUAUGCCAUUUGCAGCGUAGCGGCGUAGUGACACAGCUGCGCGGCGCAGCGCGGCUGCUGGAGCUGAAGGCAUCAUGCCCGAGACAAUGCAGGGGACCGGUGAAUGAGUUGCAGUGUGCAGUGCCGCGAAGUCUGGCGACGGAACCACGACCAACGGUUGGCAUCAAGAUGACGGGCACCUUCCAAUGCCCAGAGUGCCGACAGAAGUUUGACUCCGAGAAGGCGAAGCAGCUGCACUGGAAGUUCAUUCAUGAUCCCAACAGGAGCGCUGUUGCAUGUUUCCGACUCCUUGCAGGCAUCAGGAGGACUGAGAGGAAGCUGAGGACUCUUAGGGCCGAGGCGGUCACGGAGCAGCGCUCCGCCGCUUUCGGUUUCGCUUGGGGGUUCGCCCCUCUUGUUUAA